AUGUUUACAAGCAAAGCACAAGAACUUGGGUUGUUGACUCCAUCAAAUGAAACCGACGUGUUGUCUAUUUUUGAAAGUAAAACACAGAGUGGGAUCGUUGGACUUGUUUGCGCUGACAUCCUCAAAAACAAGGAAAACCUCAACAAAUUUUUCUUAUCAAAAAGUCACACCACUUGGCUACUCGAAGUCAUCGGCGCUGGUCUACAACUGAAUCUUUCCGAUAGCACCAUCAUCACUCAAUGCAUAGAUCUCUACGAAAAAUGGUUUGUAAAGAACGAAAACGUGCCCGACACGAUCAACACGAACCGUGCCGCUUAUCUUGAAGAAUGCCUCUUGCAACUGACACUUAUUUUCUCUCAUGAACCAAAAGUAGCUGAAUACCCCAUUUAUGAAACGUUGUGUAUGAAAACGUUGAAAAUUUUUGAGUUUUUGUACCCAUCCAUUCGCACGACAAAAAUAGAAAAUGUCUUUGUGCGAGCACUUAUUGCGGUGGCAGAAAAUGUUUUUUGCUCGAAAAACACAAUUAUUCUGAAUGAAACUUUUAAAUUUCUCAAUGUGGUCUGGACCUGUUUUUCUUCGAAAGAAAACGAAUUAUGGGACAUUCUCAAAAAGUGCUACGUCAACUGGAUCACAAACAAAACUGUUGCACUCAUUUGGAAAGACACUAUGAUCUCUCUACAAAAUUCAUUAGUCGAAGUAUUGACAUCCCAAAGCGAUGAACACGUCAUCACUACACAAAUCAAUCAAGUCGAUUAUACGGUGACAUUCACUUCAACGUAUUUACUCACAUUUUACCUCAAAUUUCUUCAUAUCACAGGAAAUUUGUGUAACGUAGAAAAUGCAGACGUCCAUCAUCGCCUCAUUUUGGGAAUUGGAAAAUUAGUUGACGGACUUCUUAAGACUGUUUUAAGUGGAAAUGAUAUCAUGAGAAUAUUUUGUGACAUUUUGUAUCAAACAGUUGUGUAUAAAGACCAUCGAACAUUCACUGAAUCAGUGCUUGACUCUAUAUCUAUUUUCGUUACUAUAUUUUUAACUAAAAAAGAAAGCUAUGAUAUGAACUAUUUGUAUAAAACUCAAAGCGCUCUGUCGAAAUGUCUCACUUCAAUUAAUUUGGAUAUUAACAUUGGGACUGUCGAACACCUUAUAAAUUUGUUCAAUGUCCGACCAGAGUUAUCUUCGAUGCUGAGCGGAGAUAUCAUGUUUUCACUCUGUCGAAUAGCAAAGGAGGCUGCACCAACACCACAGAACAAAAAGAAUAUAUUGACAUUACUACAACAAAUUCAAAUGAUUUUUACACCACGCCGUGAUUCACUUCAACAAAAUACAGUCUCCUUGUUACAACAGGCUAUCGAUGUUGUGUUCUCUAUUAUUAAAAUUGACCCGGAACAUUGUGACGACGUUUUUGUUACAAUGAAUAGAAUUUUGGUUUCGAUAGUUUCACUUGAUAAUAAAGGAAUGAACGUGAAUAAGUUCUUGAAUUUAUUUGUUAAAGAAUUUGACAACAACUCAGGGACGUGGCUUCUCCAAAUUAGUCAAAUGGGAAAUCCACUGUGUGAAUUUUUGAAAAACAUUUUGGCGUAUAAAGAAAGUGUCGACUUUACUAUACUGAAAGAUAUAUUUACUAUUAUGCAAAAAAGAGUGAUGGAAAACAGCGAGGAGCCGCAGAAAGUCGAAAAUCUGCUGAGCGUUUUUUCAUUGUUUUACUCUGUCUGUCUCCCACAGUUGUCACACGAACAACUUUUAUUCACAAAUGCUAUACUUGACAAAGUGAUCAAAACUAUCCAAAACGAUUCAACUCUGGCAGAGUUUGAUUUUGAUAUCAAGCUCCAAAACAUUUUGUACGAAACGAACCAAAAAUCGUUUUUGGAUAAUCAGAUCACCGAAACGUUCGUUACAAAGGAACUUGAGAAGAGAGGAUUUACAGGAAACGAUUUCAUACAUGUGUACUACGUAUUUGAAAAUUCUGUGAUUUCCAUCAUCGAGGUACCCUGGUACGAAAAAGUUAUUGUCAUUUUGAGAAACAGAUACGGCAAGGCCGUGUAUUCUUUCUUGAUGGACGACGAAAACGAAGAGUGGAAGAUGGGAAAUAUUCCUGUUGGCGAAGAGAGGGAAGUGAAAGCUUUGAAAACGAUUUCACCAAAGUGGAUAAAAAGUGGCGAAAACGAAGUUGACGAGAUUGAAAAAAUGAGAAAUGAGAAUAACAAAACGCAAUAUGGAGGAAUGGGAAAUGGGAAACUCCAACUGCCGUUUGUGGUAUGUGAAAAAACGUGGAAAGAGAUGAAUUGUGACGUGUUAAAUCCGUGUUUUAGACAACGAAUUUUGUCGUCAGUUUUGAAUUACAAUCACAUGACUAAUUCGCCGGUUGAGGAACUUGUUUCGAAUGAGGAAUUAUUUAAAGAACUUGGGAGGUUGGACGGAACGAGUUGCCUGAGAGAGUUUGAUGUGAUUGUGAAGGCGGAACAAGCAACACAUGAGUACUUGGAAUUUGUAGGGAAUUUGGGUGUGUUGGAGACUGUCAAAGAGAACGACACACAACGCACUGAAUUGAGGUAUCUUUCUGAUGGCGUUUUAGUGAAUUACCAUGUUGAUAUCCUCAAUACCAAUAACAACAGAUUCAGAGAUAUGAGAGAAACUGAUGUUUUGAUAUCAUGGGGGUGUAGUUCCGACAAGUGUUCAGACCAAAGCCAAGACAAUAGUCUGGAGUGUGGGCUUACUAUCACCAUUACGCCGACGACAUCGGAAUUGUAUAUGGUGAGUUUAAAUAGUAAAGUGGGAUUGUGCUUAGAAAAUCAAUUGUGUAGUUUUGAGGUGAUGUCUUCACUCAUCAAAGGAGUGGUGUUGGCAAGAGCUAAUGAGAGUGAAACUAAACGUUCGGCAUUUACGGAACGAAAUAACAUUUUACUCAGUGUUGCGUCAUUUUUAGACACCAAAUAUACAUGUGUUGCUACACAUAGUUUGUUCAGUAACAAUCACUUAAAACUAACAAAACCUGUCGAUUUCAAAAACGUCACAGUCUUCGCGUUCCCUCAACAAAUCACAAAGAAAACUAAACACCCGUCAAACAUCACGUUCACAAAAGCAAAAAGUCCGAAUACUUGCAAAAACAAUUUACUGAGAUCACCUUCUCCAUCAUCAUCAAGAGGAUUUAAAACCGUUGUUGGUAUUUUGGACAAAACUUCACCACCUUGUGGAGCGGAAUCCACAUCACCAACGCUGUCCCCCUCUCCAAACCAAAGAGUCACAAUGGGCCUUUAUAGAAAGAAGUUUGGAGAACAAGGCACAAGACCAACAACAAUGGACGCCGCAACAGCAAAAUCAAUCAGCCCCGAAGAAAGAAGAGAACCAAUCAAAACUGAGUUUUUUACUUCACGUAGUCCAGUUGCAGUAAAUUCGCUGACUCCAGAUAUGAAACAAAAUGCAUCACCACAGUUUAUUUCUGACAAUUCGAGUCCAACGAACGUGAGCAAAGCGUCGGAUACAGCGAAGUUGCCACUUCAAAACAACUUCAUGGGAGGAUCAAUUUAUGGUGGUAUUACAUUCAGCUCGAGUAAAACGCCAAAUGGCACAAGUCCACAUUCACAAGAAAGUCCAAAUUAUUUGGCAGGUAAUGGGAAUAGAAGAACUACUUUUUUGAGAGAUGCUGUCGACAAAAACAAACCACAAACUCCAACCAAUACACCUCAACCACCACAACAACCAACUUCACCAACCCUUCAAUCAACCCAACACCCGUUACCACCCCCUUCUCCAUCACAGGAAAGAAGGAGAGCGUUUGUUGGUAGAAGAACACCAGCAUCACAAAGACCUCCAGACAUUCCUGGCGAAAGUAAUUGA